AUCUCCGACCCUUACGUACCCUUUCCCGUCCCCUGAAACAAAAACACUACUACUACUACUACUACUACUGCUACUCCCACUUCAUCCGUACAAUGUCAACAACCACCAAAUACGGCGCGAUCAUCAUCGGCUCCGGGCAGGGCGGGACACCGCUCGCCCGGGCCCUCGCGGAAGCAGGGUACAAUACCGCGCUGAUCGAGAGGGAACAUAUCGGGGGCUGCUGCGUGAAUGAUGGCUGCACGCCGACCAAGACGAUGAUUGCGUCCGGACGAGUCGCGCAUUUGUCGCGUCUGGGCCCGGAGUAUGGAGUCCACAUGGCGGGGCCGAGUAAGUCGGUGAGGAGGAACGAGGUGACGAUUGACAUGACGAAGGUGAGGCAGCGGAAGCGCGAUAUAGCGAGCUUUGUGGGCGAGCGGACGUUGAAUGUGGUGAUGGGGGAUGGGAGUCAGAGGGUGGUCAGUGGGGAGACGAUCGUCAUUAAUACCGGGUGUCGACCGGUGGUUCCGCCGCUGAAGGGGCUGGAGAAGGUGGACAGACCGAGAAUCCUGGAUUCAACGUCCAUCAUGGAGCUUGGGGAGGUUCCUGAGCAUCUGGUUGUGGUCGGGGGUGGGUAUAUUGGGGUCGAGUUUGGCCAGUUGUUCCGGAGGCUUGGGGCUAGGGUUACGAUCGUCCAUCGCGGAGGGCAGUUGCUUCCGCGCGAAGACAAGGAGUUGGCUGAUGCGCUCCUGGAUAUUUUCCGCGAGGAUCAUAUUGCGGUGCAUCUGGAGACAACGCCGACUGGGGUUUCGUCGGGUGCGAAAGGGUCGUUCGAUGUAUCCAUCAGGGAUAAGUAUGGAGAGGCGGUGUUGAAGGAUGCAUCGCAUAUCCUGUUUGCGGCAGGUCGAGUCCCGAAUACUGAGCGGUUGAACGCUGCAGUGGCAGGGGUGAAAACAGAUGCAAAGAGAUAUGUCGUCACCAACGAAUUCCUCGAGACCUCCGCUCCGGGAAUCUAUGCCAUCGGCGAUAUUAGGGGCCCACCGGCUUUCACGCAUAUAUCCUAUGAUGACUUUCGCGUUCUUCGGUCAGCUUUGUUGCCUUCGCCCCAGACUGCCUCGAAGCUAUCGGUGAAAGACCGCCUGGUGGCCUAUGUGGCAUACACAGACCCACAAUUUGCCCAUGUUGGGCUGCAUGAGCAUGAAGCGCGAGAGAAGUUCCCUGAUCGGACCAUUCUGACUGCGCAGAUGCCCAUGACUUAUGUGGCAAGGGCACUGGAAACGGCAGAGACAAGAGGCGCAAUGAAGGCCGUGGUAGACGGAGACACGGGACAUAUUCUGGGAUUCUCUUGCCUGGGCGCUGAAGGGGGAGAGUUGAUGAGUGUGGUGCAGGUGGCGAUGAUUGGCAACCUUCAUUAUCAGAAACUACAGGAUGCAGUCCUCGCACACCCGACGUUUGCUGAGAGUCUGAACAACCUCUGGGGGUCUUUGAGAUGAUUUCGUUUCUGACCAAACUGUGUACAUGCUGCUGUUAGGCUAAUAUGGUAAUCUGCGGGUAUGGGUAAUGGUUGAAUAGUGCGUACAGAGGGAUUUUGGAUUGAAUAGCUUCG